AUGUUGUGCAAUUCCACAAGAAAUAACAUUGAAAAUGGUAUCAAUGUUACCGGUAGUGGAAAAUGUGCUUUCAACUUAGCAGACUUUUUGCUUUCAUAUGAUAAAUAUCGUCAAUUAAGUUUUAUUAUGAUUUAUGGUAGUUUUUUAGUUGAAAUUAAAGUGGAAAAUGUUUACACUUGUUUAUGUUUUCAUUCACUUGAUUAUUUUGUACUUUUCGAUGGUUUUCACAUUAUUCAGGCAAAGAAAGAUGUUCUAACAGAUAAAUAA